AUGAAACCUAAAAUGGGGACCCAAAAUGUGGCUGAAGGUGAAUUCAACGUGCCGCAGUUCGAGAAGCAGCUCACUACACUUAAAGACUCUCAAGAGGCCAUAAAUCAUUGUUGUCAAUGGUGUUUACAAAACAGGAUCCACCACAAGAAAAUUGUUACUGCAUGGUUAAAUGUUUUGAAACGGGUUAGGGUUGAGCAAAGACUUGUAUUGUUCUAUUUAGCUAAUGAUGUAGUGCAGUAUUCAAAGAGGAGGAACUAUGACUUUGUUGAGAGUUGGGGAAUUGCUUUGCAGAAAGCAACAACUAUGGUUCGAGAUGAAAAGGUGAAACACAAGGUACUCAGGAUAUUCAAAAUCUGGGAACAGAGGAAUGUUUAUAAUGAAGAAUUCAUUUCUGAUUUGUGUGGAUUGCUUAGUAUUUUACCAAAUUCUCAGAAGAGUGAAGAGCCCAAUGAAUUUCAACCAACCUAUGUCAUAAACAAAAUCAAAUCAUGCUCCAAACUUGAAAAAGACACAGAUGUGAAAUUGAAAGUUCUUAAAGAACAUAAUCCCAAGAUACAACUGGAUGAUGGUUUAGUGGGUUCUCUGAAGGACCGUGCUCAUGAUGAUGUGGAAAAAGAACUUGAUGUAUACAUCAAACACAUGGAAGACUAUAUAAAUGCCUUGAAGUUGGAGAUAAAGAAUAGAAUAACUUUGAUAACUGUAUUGAAACAAGCUGAGACUCAGCUAGAAGCAGAUAGAAAAGAUGUGAAAGUUGUUGCAAAUGCUUACAAAAUGUUUGGCACCAGAGUGAAAACUUUUCAGAGAAAAUUGGAGGAGCAUAAAGAGACUCUUAGUAGUCCAGUACCUUCACCUGAUGUGAAUGCUCCUUCACCUAGUCCAGACUCUGACAUUGAUCUGCCAGAUGAAGCUGUUACAGAGAUAACUUCACAAAAAGAAGCUCCACCUGCCCAUUACAAUCCCAAGGCAGAACUGCAAUAUAAUGCAGGUUAUUACACACCAACAACAUCUACGGAAAACACUAUUUCGAAUAGUUUUCUCAGCAAUGGAGUAUCCAGUUUUAUUGGAUCUGAGACAUUCAACUUGGAGAACUUCAACAGCAGCAUCUUCUCGAACAUCUCGAGCCUGUCGACGGGCAGCGCGACGGGGACGGGGGCGGAUAUGGACCCGGGGGCGGCCCCGCAGCCCGUCGCCGCGCCCGCCCCCUCCGCCGACUACAGCUACAGCACGGCGGCGGGCGGUGUGGCGGGGGUGCCGUCCCUGCAGCCGCCCCCCAUGCCGCCCUUCGCGAAGGCCGACGAGGAGUACCGGUACGGGCAGGCGUACAGUUCGGCGCCGUCGGGUGUCACAUAUGGUUACGACACGUCCACGUCAUCGCCGUACCUGUCGACGGACGCGCCCUCUGGCGCCAACCCUUAUCCCCCAACAGAAGAGUACAACCCCGAGGACAACGUGCAAACUUGGGAGCCGGACGCUAGUUGGAAGGACAGCUCGCAGCCCGAGACCACCGAGACAGAUACUCCAGAGAGUCCUCCCAUGUUUGAAAAGGAAGGCUACACGGAUCCAGUCGAGUACCAUGACACUCUGAUUCCCAGCGGAGCUGUCGACGUCGAUCAGAGGAUACUGCCGAGCAUAUCAGCUGAUAUGGACUCGACUAGCAGCCUGGGUGGCAAGGACGUGGAUCACAGGAACUUGAUAAGUCUGACAGGUUCGCCAGGUCAGUCGACGUCGAACCAUUCCCCUGAAUCGUUAUGGAAUCAAACCGAUCAGGACUACCGGAUACCGCCCUCGGGCCACGCCCACUCCGUGGCCCCGCCUCUGCCCGCCCCUCCCGUCGGCGACCAGGACUACCGGCUCGGCUUCAAUCUGGAGCAGCUCAAGCUGCCGCCGCCGCCUCCGCCGCCGCCCAAGGACGCCCAGGGGGCGGCAGUGGGGACGGAAAUGGGAGUGGAUAUGGGAGUAGGGGUGGUAGCGAUAGCGACGACGCCCAGACGCAGCGACAACGUCGACGAUAUGGAUAUGGAGAUGAGCGACGACGAGGGCAGGCAUAACAAGAGCAAUGAGAACCUCAAGGUACUUCUCGACGGGCCGGCCGUCCUACAGCCGCCCCCUCUCGCCGCCCCCUUCUCCGGCCUCGAGCCGCCGCCCCCGUUGCCCGACCUGCCCGACGACGAGGACGCCAACACCUUCCUCGAUGACCUCGUCGACGACCUGCACGAGUUCGCCGCCCUCGACGACCUGCCCACAGGAGGCGGGGAGCAAGUGGGAGCAGACGGGAGGUGGGAGCGGGCGCCGCUGCUGCCGCUGCCGCCGCCGCCGGCCUUCGACGGGAUGGUGGGGCCGCCGAUGAUGCCGAUGCCGCCGAUGGAUACGUCGAUGCCGCCGCCGUCUAUGCCGCCUCCGCCGACGCCGCCAGCGAUGCAAAUGAUGAACCACCCCCCGAUGAUGGCCCAAUCGCCGCUCCUCCCUCUGCCGCCACAACCCUGGAUGCCCGAAGAGGAUCAUCAACAGCAGCACCACCACCACCAACAGCAGCAGCCGCACCUGCACUCUGGAGCGAAUGGCGGUCAUUUGGGCAACCUCGCCAACUUCGACGACGACCAUUGCUGGAUGGGCGGCUUGGGCGACGUAGGCGAGAUGGACAACAUGGGCGGGAUGGAUAACAUGGUCGUCGGGAUGGACAGCACGGUGGGGAUGGAUGCCGGCGGGAUGGACGUCAGCGGGAUGGAUAUGGCCGUCAUGGAUAUGCCACUGGAAGGGGAUGAAGGCAAUUGGGAUAAGCCGUUCCCUCAGCAGCCCCCUAAUGAAUGGAUGGGGCCCCCUCCGCCGAACAUGGGCUUCGGUUUCAGAGAGAGAGGCCGAGGGAACAACAGAGGAAACUUCAUCAACAACAAUUUCAGUAAAAGAGUUAUGAUUACAGGUAGAGGCAGGGGAGGCAACUUCAACCGCGGCGGCGGUCCCGGAAACAAUUUCCGCGGUGGCCACAGAGGCGGCCCCAGGGGUGGCCCUAGGGGCGCCGGAGGUGGCAACAGGGGUUUCUUCCCGAGGGGGAAUUUCAGGGGCAACUUCCGAGGUGGGUUCUGA